CAGUUAGGUUACGCCCCUGCGUCACAAAGUGGGUAAGGCUACGGUCAUAUCUUUGUUUGUUAGCUACACAGAAUGACAACUGCUUUGUUUUGAGGCCACCUUUUAGCGGAUUUGGUCGCUAAUCUGCUUCAGGACCUUUUCCUUAAAGAAAAUGUCAACAAUAAAUGCUGCAGUUGGCAAAAGUGGCUCUCCUGAAACCAUGGCCACAGAAAAAAGCAGAGAGAGUCAAAACCAGCAAGGAGUGGAAGGCGCCGACACCAGCACAGCAGCAAAGAACCUGGCUCUGCUGAAAGCACACUCCCUCGAUGUGAAGUUCGACGUUGGAGAGGAAUACGAUAUUAUAGAAACCAUCGGAACUGGGGCAUACGGUGUUGUUUCAUCUGCCAGAAGACGGGACAAUGGCCAGCAGGUGGCAAUAAAGAAGAUCUCCAACGCUUUUGAGGUGGUGACAAACGCCAAGCGCACCUUAAGAGAGCUGAAGAUUCUCAAACAUUUCAAACAUGACAACAUUAUCGCCAUCAAAGACAUCCUGCAACCGAAUCUUCCUCACUCCGCCUUCAAGUCUGUAUAUGUGGUGCUGGACCUCAUGGAGAGUGACCUUCAUCAGAUCAUACACUCCACCCAAACACUCACCCCCGAGCACACGCGCUACUUUCUCUACCAGCUCCUCCGUGGCCUUAAGUACGUGCACUCUGCCAACGUCAUCCAUCGUGACCUCAAACCCUCCAACCUGCUGGUGAAUGAAAACUGUGAGCUGAAAAUUGGGGACUUUGGCAUGGCGAGGGGGCUAAGUUCCCACCCUGAGGAGUCCUACUCUUUCAUGACGGAGUACGUGGCGACUCGAUGGUACCGCGCUCCUGAGCUGCUCCUGUCUCUGAACCAUUACAGCCUGGCCAUCGACCUGUGGUCUGUGGGCUGCAUCUUUGCUGAAAUGUUGGGCCGAAAGCAGCUUUUUCCCGGCAAACACUACGUCCACCAGCUUCAGCUCAUUUUAAGCGUGUUAGGUACGCCCCCCGAGGGGUUAAUAAGUGCCAUAAGGGCCGAGAGAGUGCGCUCCUACGUUCAGAGCCUUCCGUCUCGGACUGCUGUGCCUUUGUCCAAACUCUACCCUCAAGCUGAACCGGAGGCUCUGGACUUGCUGGCGGCCAUGCUGCGCUUCGAUCCCCGCCAGCGGAUCGGCGUGACGGAAGCACUCGAGCACCCAUACCUGGCGAAAUACCACGACCCAGACGACGAGCCCAUAUGCGUUCCAGCUUUUGACUUCGAGUUUGAUAAGAUUGCAAUGAGCAAGGAACAAAUCAAAGAUGCAAUUUUGAUAGAAAUCCAAGAUUUCCAUAAAAAGAAACAAAGCUGCCGUCAGAAGCUGCAAUUCAAGCCAUUGCCGAGACGGAACAAUGGAGCCGCUGCGCAAAGCAGCAACCAGAGCAACGCUCCGACGGCAACCGUCAACCUGACCGAAUCCACGCUGCUUCCAAUGGUACCACAGAAGCAAAGCCAUCAGGCAGAAGUGAACCAAGCAUUUGCUAAUCAGAUCAAAGCCUUUGAUAAAUCUGCCGCCCUUUUAGACAUCGCCCAGACUCGUGCGACCCUCAAUUUACCUCUUCUCAGUAAAACCGAAAGUGGUCCGGUUGACGUGGACAUGCCCAGCGCCAACUCUGACAGCGGCCAGCCGGAGACCAUCGAUCUAACAACCCCGGUGUCUAGUCAGGGGGCUUCAACGGAAGCGAUGAGAGACCGCGAAGUACACGAGUAUUUAAUGAGCACCCGGGCUCCAAACACCGUGAACCAGCCGGCGGCUAAAGCUCCCACCGCGGCGGCAGCUCCGGCGCAGAGAAUGGCAUCCGUACCCACCCCUGCCCACUCCCUGUCUCUGUCUGUAGCACAAGCCCACUCACUCUCUCAGUCCCUUUCACAGUCUCUUGGCAAGAACUCGAGGAGUUCCCAACCUGCAGCCGAGGGAACCAGAAAAGAGGGCGCCAUUUCAGAGGAUACUAAGAAUGCGCUUAAGGCAAUUUUAUUAAAGUCAGCUAUCAGACAAAAAGCCAGGAGUGAUGGAGGUGCCUCAGCUAUUGGGAUUGACAGCGGUGCAGGAGGAGGCACCUCAUCCUCCCUGUCCUCUGCUCUGGAGUGCCGGCGGUCUGUCACAGCCCAGGAGCGUCAGCGCGAAAGAGAGGAGAAAAGAAAGAAGAGGCAGGAACGAGCAAGAGAAAGGGAGAAAAAACUGAAAGAAAAGGAAAGACGGGAGGGAAGACAGGGGGACUCUUUGGGUGGGGUGUUGCUGAGUGACGACGACAAGAGCUUGUUGCAACGCUGGACACGGAUGAUGGACAGCCGCGGCGACAAAUCGCAAACUCCCAACAGUGAUGGAUGUAAGAGCAAGGAUUGUAGCGAGAGUUCUCACACAGAGAACAACCAAACCGACAAGGCCAGAACGUUCCAGACACAGCUCAUCUCUCAAGUAAACCAGCAAGGCUUGUUUCCGCCGCCCAGCACUCAACCACCAUCACUGCCUUUCUCCAUGAACCAGCAGACCUCCUCAGUCGUCUCUGUAAACGGAGGGCUCGACUUAAUGGCGGUGGCUGGUGGGUUCGUCAAAAACAACACCCUGAAGCCUCACGCCGAAAGCAGCGGCUUCGGCUGUUUGGGGACUUGGAGCGGCCAGCAGUUGGAGACGAGGCCGCCACACCAACCGACCAGGACGACGCCGUCCGGCUUCCUGCAGCCCCAAACCCAAGCUGAUCCCCAGCAAUCACAACUGCUCCCUUUGGAGAGUUUUUUGUCAAAAGCGCCAACCCUCAACGCCCAAGAGACAAACGGGAAUGUGGCCAUCGCAGGUCAGAGCAACCUCAACACGAUGACGGGAAGUUCAGGACAAAUGGAGAAGCUAUGUUCUACAUUAGGAGGGAAACCAGCAUCAGAGACCAGAAAUCCCCUCUGUGGGACUGUCGGGGUUUCCUCUCAGCCUCAUCCCAGCCUGGUGUUCACCGAUACCGGACAGCAAGGAGCCUCUACUGCCCCCGACAUCCACACAGUCACCCUGCAGCUCUCAAAGUCCCAGGUGGAGGACGUUUUACCGCCCGUGUUCUCAGUCACCCCUAAAGGAAGCGGUGCUGGGUAUGGCGUGGGCUUUGACCUGGAUGACCUUCUGAACCAAUCUCUGACAGACCUGCAAAACUGUGACCGGGACAGCUAUGACUCAGCCCCCCUCUCCGCCUCCCUCUUGUCCGACUGGAGCGAGGUUCACCGCAUGACUCCGGCUGACCUGGAGUCGCUGCAGCAGGAGCUACAGCUUGGCUCUCCCAUGAUCCUCUCUGAUGGCAUCGCACCAGACUCCUAAAUUACACUUUCAAAAUUUGAAAAAAAUAAUUUUUUAUAGACCAUGAAUGAACACACAAAACUGUUUUUUCUGUAAUAAAGAAAAAUCUUAGAAAUUCGUGUCUGAAUGCUACGUCACUUUAAAAACAAAAACAAAAUAAAAGCGUGCACUAAAUCGUAUUUCCUUUUUGAUUUCUUUCACAUUAGCCAAGAAUAUUGUGAUAAUGGAGAAUAAAUAUGAAUAAAGCCGACUUUGACGAUUAAAAACAUUUUAUUUGAAAUGAUUUAAAAUACAAAACUAUGAAAUCUACUUAAAGCUCAUAAUACAAAGCUGUAAUUAAAAAUAAAAAAAA